CGUCGACAAAGCCCUCAAUAUUAUAUACAAGAACCAAGGUGCCGAUGCGUUACCUGUGCAGCUGCAGGCAUACAUGGUGGGUAGUACACCUCAAAAGCUCACGAUGGACCUACAAGAUUCGGGCCGACGAUUCCAAUCUCGCGUAGUCAACGCACUGUCAGCAUUCUUAUAUGAAACCACAAAAUUGAAACAUUGGCCUUGGACCAAAUGUGAUGCGACCCUUGCCGCAGCCGGAUAUGAAUUGAAACUAUUACCGGGUGCUCGAUCCGUUGCGGAGACCUUCAAGACGUGCAGCAAGCACCUCAAUCAAGCUACGCUGGUUGCCCUCAACGAAGAUUUGAAGGAUCACCUAAUUCAGCUAGUGCGGAUUCAACGGCCACAAGAAAAUGAUAUCAAUACUAGACACGAUCAAACUCCUCAUGUUGAUACUGAUAGACUCAACGCAACUCAAAACGAUAUCGGGAGUAUUACGAGUAAUACACACAACCAAACUCAACCAACCACUACCAGUUUCAAUCGUGCCAAUACCAAUAUCAUGGAGCCUCGAGUCAUAGACCCAUUGUUGUUCUAAAUUACAAUAGCAUCUCAUCUUAUUUUGUUUGUAAAAGAUUUACAUAUUGUCUUUUCCUAUCUUGGUUUCCUUCUUUUCAACACCAAUAACUGCUUAUCCCCGAAAUGCACAUGUUGAACCUUCUUCAAUCUGAUACAUUG